AUGGAAACGUUUAACCAUAUUGAUAUAAAGAAAUAUACAAGAGAGGAUUUACUUUACCUCAGGAACACUAAUAAUGUCUUAUUUAAAAUGUUUCAAAAGCAAGUUGACGAAAUAGCGUGCUUGUCCAGUAAGGAGCAAAAAUUGUGUGGAACCUUAACGUCUAUUAAUAAUAUAAUAAAUGAAAAUUAUACAAUAUAUUGCUUAAUACACACAGAUGGCUUAAUAGGAUUUAUAAAAAUAGGUGAGAAGAAUCUCUAUUUAUACGAUAAAAUCAAAUUACAUUAUGGAAAGUGUACAUGUGUGUUAGAUUUUUAUAUAUUGGAGAAAUUUCAAAAAAGAGGCCUAGGAAUAAAAAUUUUUAAUUUCAUGUUAAAAGACAACGACGUUUCUCCUUUUUGU